CUGUUUUAUCACUACAUUAAUCCGUUAACGUAUUUCCAUUUUUGCAAAAAACUCAUAGACACCUCAAUUGACAUUAAGCGUCAAAAUCCAAUUAUAAGUUGUCAUUGGGACCCUCAGGAGGGCAAUAGUGUAUAGUGCACAGGUGAGCGAAAAUCGGUGUGAUCGAAGUUCAAAGCUAUGGAAGAGCAACUCUGGCUGGAUGGAAUGUAGCUCGGCGGCCAUAAACCUUGGUGGUACGAGAAAGAGAAAGCGAUAUAGGUAUGAAGGUUAUGGUGUGAGAUUAGUGUUGUUGUGUUUGUAGUGUGAAUCUGUGCUGAAAGUGAUCACUUAAGAAGUAUUUUGCUUUAAGAACACAGAGGCAUGGGUUGCAAUGAAAGAAGAACAGGAAAGAACUCCUUUGAGAACAAUUUUACAGAAUUUUCUAAACCAUAUUGAGAGUUUGGAAAUCCAGAGGGUAGAAGAUAGCUAUGAUAAGGAAUUUCAGGAAUUAAAGUUCUUCAGUGAAAUUUUAAAGACUUCAAAACAGUAUUCUUGUUCAGAAGGUGAGAAGGAAGUAAACCGGAAGAAAAAUCGCUAUAAGGACAUUCUGCCUUUUGACAGUAGCCGUGUUGUUUUGAGUGAAUAUGCAGGCGUGCCAGGCAGUGACUAUAUCAAUGCCAACUACAUCAAAGGUGCAAGUGGAUCACCAGCAUACAUUGCAUGUCAGGGUCCACUUCCUCACACUGUUAACGACUUCUGGCGAAUGGUGGUGGAGUGUGAGGUGCAAGUCAUUGUCAUGGCAUGUAAUGAAGAGGAAGCUGGGAAGCAUAAGUGUGAGAAUUACUGGGUGGAACGAGAAGGUGAAGAGAAGCAGUUUGGUAUGGUUGCCAUACGCUUGCUGAAAGCUAGCACUGUUUGCCCAGACUUCCUUGUACGUACUAUGCGCCUUAAGUACACUAGCAGUCAGUCACCUCAUGUUUCAGAGGAACGAACAGUGUGUCAGUUUCACUAUUCAGCAUGGCCAGAUCAUGGUGUCCCUCCUUUAGUGCGACCACUGUUGGAUAUGGUGAGGUUGGUUCGUGAUACACAAGCUUCUGAGACACUACCUGUUUUGGUAACUGGUACAAUCUGUGCUAUCGACUAUGUGUGGGGUCUUCUUAGAGCUGGAAAACUCAGCAAGGACUUCAGUUUAUACAAACUGGUUCAAGAUAUGCGAAAACAGCGUAUAGCCAUGGUGCAGACCAAAGAACAGUAUGUUCUGGUUCAUCAGGCUGUGAGGGAACUGUUCCGUGAACAGUUGCGCAUGAUUGACUCACAUCCCUAUGAGAAUAUUGAUGCAAAUGGAAUGCCAUUAGUAAAAGAGGAACAAGAACCAAUGUAUGCCACUCCUGCUAUAGUUGUUUCAGCAGAAUAUUGUAGUGAAGAAAAACAAGAUGGGAAGGAGAAAGAAUUUGAAGAGAGAAUUCCUCCUCUGCCACAGAAGAAGAGAGGUCAUGUUGCAUCUUCCAAACAAGAGAAAGAAGUUGAAAAUUUAACUGAAAAGCAGCGGUCCAUUGUAGAACAGUCGGGUACAAGCUUGUCUCACAAACCUCGAAUUGCUAAGCUGAGGGCUUUAUUUGAACGUAGUUUAGCAACAAGAGAAAGCAGAAGUUCACAGUCUAAACAGCGUAACUCUCAGUCGGUGGCUCGAAGUCAUUCACUAGGUGCUGUGCGUGUCAAGGCUGAGAAUCAAGAAGACCAGGUCAUUGUAAAAGCAGGACACAGAGAGGGUAAUGUAAAUGGUCCUAUUGUUUGUCAUGGCAUUUUGCGUGCUCCCCACCUUUCCACAGUACAGAGAUCCACUCUGACUAUAAGGCCAACGCUUCCUGUCAAACGUAGUAAGUCACUGAAAGUUUUAGGUAGCAACCAACACUGUAAACUUUCUUUAGCUGCAGCUGUAAGCCCUAUUUCAUCACCAAAUACUGCAGAUGAUAGGGUUGGCACAGAAGCUGGUGCCACAUCUGUGAAACUACCAGCAGACAGAAUUCUGCUAUCAAGAGGUGAAAGUGCAUCAAACUUGAAAUCUUUUGUUCUUCCAAAGAAGUAUUUGUCAACAAGGAGUGGAGAAGUUGAUGUGUGUGAGUCUGACAGUGAUAAUUGUAGAUCUUCAAAACAAGAUGAUAAACAGUUUGUAUCUCAUAUACAAUUAAACUGGAGGAAUUAUGAACCCAAUCAUGUAGUUCCCAGAAGAAGGCGGAGUUUGGAAUCAAUUAACUUUGAGGAUACAGCAAUAUCUGGUGGAAGUGGUCUUGACUGUCAUAAUCUUGUUUUACCACCAUCACAGCAAUUACAACUUAUCGAUGGUGAUGCAUCCAAGGUGCUACAGGACUGCAAAGAUUACCUCAUUAGCAAUGUAAAAUGUGAUGUAUCAUCUGACCAGCCAGGGAAGAAAGUGCAGUACGGUGCGGAAGCUGAUAAUUUGACAUUGGAAGCUCAAAGGAAAGUAAAUACUAUUGUUGCAGGGUUGGGAGUACGAGAAAGGAGGAAUAGUUUUCGGCAGGCCGUGGGCACUAGCCGAGAAGAAAUGAGGUCAAGUAGAAAGCUGAGAGACUAUGAGGCUAUUUGGCCUUCUGGUAAUGUUACAACUUCACUGAAUGGGAACAGUGUACAGGCACAAGAAAGUUUUCCUUCAGGAUCACAUGGAAACAGCUCUGGUGGGUCAAAUUUUAUGCAUUCCCAGUUACAGCAAACAAAAGGAAAUACGGGUAAUUGGUUUCAGACAAGACAUCCACCAAACCCAAGAGGUGACAAAUUUCAACAACCAGAUGAAAGAAAAUUAUCUUUUCUCUCCAGUGAACUGAUAAAAAACAGAGUAAGCCAGGUUAAAGGACUGUCUAGGGAAGUGUUAGCACCAGAACAGAAUACAAAUGCAUAUAUAAAAGUUGAAAAUUCAAAUAUCAGACUUGGAAAACUGGGUGUCCAACCAAAACAUUUAAUGAGAAGUAGUGUGUUGAUGACUCCAGACAGGAAGGGGUUGCAUCACAGUCAGGUGGGAACUGAGCCUGGAUAUAGUGCAACUAAGUCUACUGCUAGUGGAUUUAGUUUGUCAGUUGAUGCCAGUAAUAUUUUUCAGCCAUCUAAAUGUGAGUUGAAAGUUCAAGGACAAAAGUCUACAGCUUUGGGGCCAAGAAAGCCUAAAAAUUCUCGAUCUGUUGAUUUUAGUGCUCAUCCAAAUCAAGAAAGUAGUCUGCAGACUGCAGCGGAUCAGGAACUGAAGACAAGUUCUUGCAGUGGAACAGGCAAGACUUCAGUAAAGGGAGUGUCCUAUAGUAGUCCUAGUGUUCAUUGCCACAGAAAAGGAACAAGACCGGUUGUAAGUCAUGGACCAAUCUUAAGAGUGGGUAGUGCUACACAGUCAGUUCCAGCAGUUAGUGAUGCAACUUUAAGGUCUACAGAAGUUAACAGCAGCAAACACACAGCCACACCAUUCAUCCAAGCUAAGAAACAGCACAGCAUGCAAGAAGUCAGUUAUGGUUUGGUAGCAGGCGUGCAGUUGUGCCGAGGUUCCCGAGAUGAUCUAGCUUUGUGUCCCGGUCCAUCUGGUGUUAUGGGAUCAGGCCCAAAUAUAUCGUCCCGUAUUCGUCGUCAUGCUAGUGUCGUGCUUCUCCGCCGUAGCCUUGCAGAAACAGGAGGUGUGAAUGAAGUGAACUCCAGUCUUUCCCAACCGUCUCUUGCUGUAUGGAACUCAUCAAACGAUGGCAAUGGAGAAAUGUUUAAUGUGCAGAACUCUCACAUUCAUGAUCAAGAGGGAAUUGAUGCAUCUGGCAGUGGAUCUUGGUUGCAAGCACCAGGUGUUGAUGUUGAUACUGUUGCAGCAAGCAUCAAUCCACAUCAUGGUCAUCAGCCGACUUCCAAUGUGAAAAUGGCCCUAGAAAAUCUUCAUGUACAUAAGUCUCCACCUCAUGUAUCAAGUGUUGCAACACUACCAUCAUUUUCAUCAUCUCCUAUGAAGAAUGGUUUUUUUAACCAGAAAUUGUCAUCACAGCCAGCUGCAGUGGUGAAGAAACAGCAUUACUUCUAAUCCUUCCUCACUGAUGACUGAUAAUGUUUAUGUGUGAGCAUGUGUAAAUAUUUCCCAAGGAGCUGAGAUGGAAUUAUAGGCUGCUUUGUAGAAUGUACAGCAUAACUCUUGCUUAUCUGUAUAGAUUAUUUGGUUCAUGAAUUGUCUGUCCCAUAAAACAUAGCUUUCCUAGAUACUACCACUAACAUCCAAAUCUCUAUAUCAGCCCUAUGGAAGAAUCAAACAGUGUGAUUUUCAGGUGGUCACAAGAAAACACAAAAUCCAGACAUGCCUGUUAUCUGAUUGGUGCAUGUAACUCCAAAAAUGGUUUCAUACUUUCCAAUUAUGCAUAUUAAUAGUACAGCAUUAAGGUUUGAAAAAAUUGAUUUGGAAAGUGAAAUAGCACCCCUUUCUGAAGUGGUUAUCAUAGAUGUUGAAAAAACAAUAAUUCAACAUUCUCAAUGUGUCACAUAUACAUAAUCUGUUAUAUGUGCUACUGACUACUUAUGAGAAAUCUUUUACAAGCAGAAGUCCCAUCCACUAUUUGCUGCAUGCUUGCAAGCUUCACUCAUAAGUCUCAAAACAUGCAUACACUUGUGGGAAUAAACAUGUCAACUUGUAUCAAACUUGCUUGACAGACAUAAUGCAUGGAUAUGUUAAAGUUGAACAAACUCUUACGUGUGUAUAUUAUAUAAACAGCUGGUUCUAGCGCCAUGAUUUGAAUACACACAUCUUCCAUCACAUAAAACAGCUGAUUAAUUUGUGUUUGCCCUUCAAAUUAGUUAACAUUACUGAAGUACUCUAUCCAUAACCAUCUUCCUGUUUUGCUCUUUGAAGAAGCCACUGGCUUCACAGAUACACAGGUUUUCUUGUCAUAUUGAGGGUGGGGCACUUUUUUCAUAUGAAACAUGAACAUUUUUUUCAACUCAGACAACACAAUACACAAUAAAACAAGCUAUAACAGUUUCCAAAUAACUUUGUUGUGAUGUGCCUUAAAACCACAUCAGCCUCUGAAUGUCACUACUAUUGGUUCUGUUGUAACAUUUGUCAUUUUGGGUCAGCCACCAGCUUGAGCAUAUUAUUUAAAAAUACAUUAUUGGAAGAGAGAUAUUUCCUCUUCUGUAAUGUGACAACACUGUAAUCUGUAACUUCUCCCAAUCACAUUUUACUAUUGUCAGCUUUCCAUAUGGGUAGAAGCCAUAGAAAUAUCACUCUUACUGGCAUCAUGUCAAGGAGUGGUAUGAGCAACUGGCAACAUGAAUAAUCCAAAAGAAAUAUGGUACCAAGGUGUGAGAAGAUGAGAAUUGGUUUCUUCAAUCACAACAGAUACCUGGACUGAAGUUCAGAGUUUGUAAUAUGAUGGUCAUCUCUAAAUAGCUAGAAUUUGGAGGGGUAACUAUUCACACAUUCCAGAAUACAGAUUCUCUUCUCCUAGACUAGGAAGACACAGAAGAUUGGUAAAUGGUUAACAAUAGCUUUAUGGACCACAUGUUAUUUAUAAGUUUGUAAGAAAAACGACAAGUCUGCCUUUGUGACCUAUCUUCUUUUUAAAGCAUACCUUUGUUUUUGGGACUAUUCAUGCUCCAUUUGUCCUGAUAAUUAAGAGUAUACUGUAUUAACUUAUAACACUGAUGGCUCUAAAGUAUGGCUUACUUUUUAUAUUUUGUAUACUAAUUUAUAGAAAUAAUAAAAGUUUCUUUUUUUAAACUAG